ACGUAGGAAGGAGUAACUCCUCAGGGAACAUUGGCUUCCGCGGACGAAUCUGGAAGUAACGUGCGGGAACUGAGACAGCUAUGCAGGCACGACACCUCGAGAAAUUCGAGGCACAGCGAGACACGGAGAAAAGGACGACAAUUCUCUCCGAAAAAAAUGGCGAAGAAGGCUCCUGGCCUUUCACGUGGUACGACACGGAAAUGAAGCAGAAGUGAUGGUUAGCCGGAAGGUAAAAUAAAUAUGCAGUGGCAAGGAGUUCGCAGGCAGGGGAGCCGUGCGAAUUCACACCCGUUGCGGGAAGAGAUCAAAAUGACGGCUGGAUAGCAGUCCUUCAGAGAAUAGAGUUUGAGCAUGGGCGAGAGCAAAAAGCGAGAGACGUGAAAUCGCAAUUCAAAUCGAGGUUGAACAACCGACCAGCUAACAGAACUCUUUCCUUUUACAAGCACGAAUUACCCGCCACAGAUCGCUUGACGCGGUCAGCCCGCGACCGCAGUCUGCAGGGCACAGCCUGUUAGAUGGCAGUACCGUAGCGCAAAGGACAAGUUACCUGCACACGGAAGGACCUGGAGAGGGAAAACAUAUGAAAAACCUAAACCUCACCAGAUGGCGCGGUGGUCUUGUUGACUCGUCUCGAAAAGGUGUCUUGUUCGCUGGCGGUCAGCAGCAAGAUCGCCGCUUCAUCGAAGAUUGUCCGAAGUCCUGAGAGCUUCGUUUCGUUCAGCCAGUGGAUCCUCACUGAAAAUGGGCAAAUAUGAAGAGCGGGAAGGAGACGAUAUGAAGACAGGAUCCGCGAAGGUCGGAAAAACUCGCGGGCCAGUGACUCUUGCAGUCAAGACGGCUAUCGGCGCUGUGCGCAUGCGCUGUCUGUACACUCGGUCUACUGGCGCAAGUCAAGACACGCGUAGCACCGCACUGGGGCCGCAAGAGCAAACAUCAGCGAAAAAGCGAAUUUACAGGAAAGUAAGCGAGCGAGUGUGUUGAAGAGCGUUUCAGCGCCGCUCUCAGUCAGGACAGAAGUCGCUGCUAACCGAUGUGGAAGAGUCGCGUGCUGCCAGCGGGAGGCACUUGCGCUUUGUUUGCUUGAAACUGAUGAGCAAUUGCCGAAGAACUCACAGGUUUGGAGGGAGUGACGAAUGCAGACUGGAAGCCAUCGGCGAAGUGUCGCCAUGGCAGAAGGUGCGAACAAGUCGGCGUGUCACUGCUCACUAUUGCAGUGAUGAAGCAAAACACGCGGGUAGUGACCCACGAUGUCCGCUCUUCCGCACGGAGAGGAAAGAAAUUUUUGCAUUAUGA